AUGCCUACCGCAACCUAUAUCUCUCAGGCUUGGAUAACUAACUUUGGGCCGCUAACAACAACCCAUACGGCACCAGCAUCAUGUGCCACUGAAACAAAUCACCUUUACUUUGGUGCGGAGAGCGACAAACCUGAAUAUCACUGGGCUAACCCUACCUGCACAAUGCAGCUGUAUGGGAAAUGCAUACCAUCCGGAGAUCAGUAUGAUCACCUUAUCACGGCAUCAUUUUCAAAGACCUUUGAUAUUGGGUUUUACCAUUACUACUCACCAGGUCUAUACUGCCCCUCCAACUGGACAACCGUGGGGAAAUACGUGCAAGGAACGGGUAGCGCUGCGCAGAUAUCUGGGGCUCUUACCAUGACGGAAUCAGAACCCGUGAUUAAGAAAUGGGAGCUAGGUCGGCCAUUCCCUGCAAAUCCGUCAAGUGUCUGGAAUGAGGUAUUGGAACCCUCGGAGACACUGGCCGUUUGUUGCCCAAGCGACUACAAACUCGACUUUAGUGGAAAUUGCUACUCGGUACUUGGUGACGUGUCUUCAUAUGGAUAUUCGAAGAUCUGCGGGUUCGCUUUCCCGGAAACCGUGGUACCAUUGACAAGCACUAUAAGUGGCCAUGAGUUCAGGAAAUACACAGCACCUAUUCCUCUGUCUACAUUCACACGAGAUAUGCAGACAGGGGAAAUGAAGGGAGGUAGCCCUGUUGUAUCAAGAGUUCCUGCAGUGGCACUUAUUCAUCAGGAAGCGGAUUUCACCAAAGCUGGUGGAGACGAUGAUACUAAAGAGAAUUCAGCAAACAGGUUGAACAAACGCAGUUGUGCCAUGCUCCUGCUAACAAUGGGAGUUAUGACCACACUUGCGAUAUCGGGGAUGUAG